AUUUCAGCCAUUCGUCACGCCUGAUGUCAAACUCAUCGUUGAAAUUAUCGAUUUUCCCUAAUAACAAAUCCAAGUUGGUGGGUUCCUCUCGAAACUCCUGAUCUUCGGGUUAAAUUUGGUUCGUAAAAACACCGGUGGAACAACGGCGAUGCAUUUAAACCAUAUCCAAAUUCAAUUCUGAGCUGAAAACCAGUGGCUUUCUCAACAACCCUGUUCCAUUAAAGUGCAGGUAAAGUCAACGACGCAGCGGUGUUCCAUUGUUCGUAUGAGCUCACAAGAACAUGUCGAAAUCUCAAUGAAGCGGGCUGGAGAGAGAAGCUGGAUUAAACAAAGUCCCAACUGGUAGAGAGAGAAAAAAGGGUAUGAGAAUUUGAAGUCGGUAAUGGACACCAUGUUCAUAACUCCAAUUCUUAUGCUAUGGGGCGUUCUAUUGGGGCCAUCCUUUUCCUCUGUGGCCUGCUACUGCUACUUGUUCAUCCGACAGCUUCACUUCCCUUAUGCUCUGAUUCAACGGCGCCCUUUACUUUGAACACUACAUUGAAGUUCUGCCCUUAUAAGGGGAGUGUUUGCUGCAACGCUUUACAAGAUGGGGCUAUACAGAGACAGUUCCAAUUGAUGAACAUUUCUGAUCCUGCCUGUGCUUCCCUUAUCAAAUCCAUUUCCUGUGCGAGGUGUGAUCCAUUUUCCGGUGAGCUAUAUAAAGGCAAUUCAACACUUAGACCAGUUCCUCUUCUCUGCAACUCCACUGCAGAAGGAUCACCACAAUCCAACCAAGCAGCUACUGAUUUCUGCUCUAAAGUAUGGGAUACAUGUCAAAACGUAACCAUAGUCGACUCCCCCUUUGCCCCAUCGUUACAGCGUCGAGCUGGAGUAGCUAAUAACUCCAGUGCUAGCAAGCUUUCGGAUUUAUGGCAGUCAAAAACUGUCUUCUGCGACUCGUUUGGUGGAGCAUCCACGGAAGAAUCAGUCUGUUUUGUUGGUGAACCUGUGUCUCUUAACAACACUGAACUUCCUAGCCCUCCACAUGGUUUGUGUCUUGAGAAGAUUGGGAAUGAAUCUUACUUGAAUAUGGUGGCUCAUCCCGAUGGAUCAAAUCGUGCGUUCUUCGCUAACCAAGCGGGGAAGAUUUGGUUAGCUACUAUUCCGGAGAAGGGAUCAGGAGGAGUGUUGGGGAUUGAUGAAUCUAAUGCAUUUCUAGAUUUAACUGAUGAAGUUAACUUUGAUACUCAAUUUGGCAUGAUGGGACUUGCAUUUCAUCCAAACUUUGCACAAAAUGGAAGAUUCUUUGCUUCUUUCAAUUGUGACAAGGUUAAAUGGUCAGGGUGCUCUGGAAGAUGUUCUUGUAAUUCUGAUGUUAAUUGCGAUCCUUCGAAACUACCAUCUGAUAGCGGAUCCCAACCAUGUCAGCAUCAAAGCGUCGUCGCCGAGUACACCGUUAACGGCAGUGCAUCCCAGCCUUCAUUGGCAACAGCUGCAAAGCCAUCAGAAGUAAGAAGAAUCAUCACCAUUGGUCUUCCAUUUACUGCUCAUCAUGGAGGACAGAUACUCUUCGGGCCGGAUGGCUAUCUUUACUUCAUGAUGGGGGACGGUGGCGGUCAAGGCGAUCCUUACAAUUUUUCCCAGAACAAGAAGUCAUUGCUUGGGAAGAUUAUGAGGCUUGAUAUCAAUAACAUUCCAAGUCCGGAAGAUAUUGAUAAACAUGAUCUAUGGGGAAACUAUUCUAUUCCUAAAGAUAACCCAUUUGUUGAAGAUCAAGAAGCACAGCCGGAGAUAUGGGCUUAUGGAUUCAGAAAUCCUUGGCGCUGCAGUUUUGAUGCAGAAAGACCUUCCUACUUCAUCUGUGGAGAUGUUGGACAGGAUCGAUACGAAGAGGUCGACAUCAUCACAAAGGGCGGGAAUUAUGGAUGGCGCGUUUACGAGGGUCCUUAUUUGUUUCCUCCAAAAUCAUCCCCUGGAGGAUCUACACCUGCAGAUUCCAUAAAUCCAAUCUUCCCAGUGAUGGGCUACAACCAUUCUACAAUAAGCAAGAAUGUAGGUUCUGCAUCGAUAACAGGCGGUUAUUUCUAUCGAUCGAAGACCGAUCCGUGUAUGUAUGGAAGGUACUUGUAUGCAGAUUUGUAUGCUUCUGGUUUAUGGGCAGGAAUUGAAAACCCAGAAAGCAGUGGAAACUUCACAACAAAUGAGAUUCCUUUCAGUUGUGCACCUGAUUCUCCUAUACCUUGCAGUUCCACACCAGAAACUUCUCUUCCAGCCUUGGGUUAUGUCUUCUCAUUUGGUGAAGACAAUGACAAUGACGUCUACAUUCUAACCAGCAGUGGCGUUUACCGGGUCGUCCCGCCUAGUCGUUGUAAGUACACUUGCUCAUUGGAAAGCUCGACACCACCGGUUGGAAGCUCUGGUCCAACGCUGUCCCCUCCGUCUCGUGCAAGUCGGUCGACAAACUCAUGGAGCAGCCUGGUACUCUUACUCCUGCUGCUACUGCUUAUGACUUGUUAA